AUGUGGGAGCUCCCGGGCCUCCACAGGUUACAGAUGUCGUACACUCGGCAUCGAUAUGCUGCUGUCCGGCUUUACAGCAUGGAAGGCGAAGUUACGGUGAAGGAUGCAGGAAAAGCACAGGUAGUCACAGAUCCGGAAAGCGACAAGGCCGAUACUGGAGAGCCGCAGCGGACAAUUGCCCUCGACGACGGUUACGGAGAUGCCCUUUUGUUGCUAGGAACGGGUACAGGUACCCAGCCAGUCCCGGUAUCGAAGACGGUCAUGAUUCUUGCUAGCCCGGUCUGGAAAACGACACUGGAAGGAAAACAAGGCUACCGAGAUUCCAUUCCCACAUGA